CUUAAGUACAAGGAAGGUUUGAAAAAGGACACCUCCCCCAGUUUUUAUUCUACGCUGCCAGAAACAAUUGAGACUAAUUUUGCGAAACGACAAUCAGCAAUGCGGAGCCAGGUAAAGAAUUAUUCUGUAUAUAUAUACUGUUAGAAUACACAGCAUGCAUGUACAAUGUGCAUUCUUGCAAAAUGACUACAAGAAAAAUAGUUUUUCUGUUGUUUAUUAAAAUUUGCUCUGAGUACAAUCUCAGAGAAAUCAUGAAUAAUUUGAUUUCAGGCUAUCACAUAUUUUGAUUUGUGGGUCAGUGAUUAGAAAUGUUUAAUGUUGCUUCAUAUCCAAUUUAUCUAAAACAACUAUAAGUAAAUUUUUGGGGAGGCUUUUGUGUGGGAAGCAAACACAUAAGUUAUUCUCACUGGUGUUUGGUAAUGCUUUGUAGGCUUGGUCUCAACUAUCUCUGGUUCAUAAGCCGUCUCUCCAUUUCUACUAUACCAGAUCAAGUAUAAAGAAGAUACUGAGGAGAACUCUAUCAACCUCUACUCUCUGCUCCCCGAGACAGCAGAUACACAGUUUGCAAAGCAGAUGUCUGAAAUGCAGAGCGUGGUAAAUAUCUGUUUAAAAUCUCCAAACAUCAACAUGGGCUGAACUAACUGGAGUUAUUUUACUGUAAAUCUCUCAUUAACAUAAAUUCAUUGAUUUGUACAAAAUGUGAUUCUCAAAAUUGGAUGUUUCCUUUAGUCAAUAACUGAAGCCAGAGAAGGAGGAAUUCCCUUUCCAAGAGAAACACAGAAACAUUUAUCCUUUUUCUUAAUCGAUCUUCAUGUACAAAAAAUGCCUUUUAGUCAGUGAAUAUCUGUACGUUUUUAUUAUGUCUACAAAAGUAGCAGUGUCUUUUGUUGCUGUUGUUUUCCAGACAAAAUACAAAGAAGCAGGGAAGAAAGAGGCCUCCACUUCUCUCUACUCCACCUUACCAGAGACUUUGGAGACCCAGCACGCCAAAGAGGCUUCACAGCUACAGAGUGAGGUAAGAACAUGGGCUGCCCAUCUGAUGUCUGUACAUUACAUUUUUCAUCAUAACUAAUUCAGAGGAAACCCUUCCUGUUACUGACAAACAUACAUUACUUCAGUAUCAAACGUCAGUGUACCUUUCCAUCUAAUGGAAUAAAGCCUGAGCGUUCUAAGAUGAAGCAAAUCUCUGCCUGUGUUAUUUGAGUGCUCCAAUGCCUUUACCAUAAAUAAGUCCACUAUUGGAAGUUUCUUUUGGGUAAGCCCAAUUUAUGGAUUCCUGUCUUUGUUGUUGAGCAGCACCCCUCCUACUUUACUUUGUUUGCUGAAGCACGGAGGCCUACCUCAACUCACAUCCAUUACUUUGUUUUCCAGCUCAAAUACAAAGGUGAGAACGUCUUCUCUGGUUCGGCUUACUCUCAACUCCCUGAGACGAUGGAGACAGAGAGAGCUCGGGAGCUCACAGAGAUGCAGAGCAAGGUGAGCACGAAUGCUCCUGGCAUUAACAUAAUUGCAUUAUAGUCAUUCUGCUAGCAACUUCCAUUGCCACUCCAGAUGUCUUCAGACAUAAGCCAGGUUCAGAAACAAUUCCCCUGGGUACAGUGCCUUCAGAAAUAAUUCACACCGUUUGACUUUUUCCACAUUUUGUUGUGUUACACCCUGAAUUUAAAAUUGAUACAAUUCAGAUGUUGUGUCACUGAUCUACACACAAUACCAGUCAGAAUGGAAUUUUGUUUUUGGAAAUGUUUACAAAUUAAUUAAAAAUGAAAAGCUGAAAUGCCUUGAGUCAAUAAGCAUUCAACCCCUUUGUUAUGGCAAGACUAAAUAAGUUCUGUAAAAAUGUGCUUAACAAUUCACAUAAUAAGUUGCAUGGACUCUGUGUGCAAUAAUAGUGUUUAACAUGAUUUUCGAAUGACUACCCCAUCUCUGUACCACACACAUACAGUACAAUUAUCUGUAAGGUCCCUCAGUUGAAGUGAAUUUCAAGCAGAUUCAACCACAAAGACCAGGGAUGUUUUAUAAUGCCUUGAAAAGAAGGGCACCUAUUGGUAGAUGGGUGAGAAAAAAAAGCAGACACUGAAUAUCCCUUUGAGCAUGCUGAAGUUAUCAAUUACACUUUGGAUGGUGUAUCAAUACACCCAGUCACUACAAAGAUGUAGGCGUCCUUCCAAAAUCAGUUGCUGGAGAGGAAGGAAACCUUCUUUUCACCAUGAGGCCAAUUAUGAUUUUAAAACAGUUACAGAGUUUAAUGACUGUGAUACGAGAAAACUGAGGAUGGAUCAACAACAUUGUAGUUACUCCACAAUACUAACUUAAUGACAGAGUGAAAAGAAUGAAGCCUGUACAGAAUACAAAUAUUCCACAACAUGCAUCCUGUUUGCAAUAAGGCACUAAGGUAAUACUGCAAAAAAAUGUGGCAAAGCAAUUAACUUUUUCUCCUUAUGUUUGGGGCAAGAAGACAGUGAAUGUUCCUGAAUUGCCGAAUUACAAUUUUGACUUAAAUCUAUCUGAAAAUCUAGGGCAAUACCUAAAAAUGGUUGUCUAGCAAUGAACAACAACCAAUUUUACAGAGCUUGAAGAAUUUUGAAAAUAAUAAUUGCCAAAUGUUGCACAAUCCAGGUGUGGAAAGCUCUUCAAGACCCAGAAAGCAAUGUUCCCUCUAAGCUGUGUGAGUGCUCCAGGACUGCCGCGCAGAAGAAAUGCCAGACCGUGCGUAGAGACGGAAGAGAUUGAACUUCACUGAGUUCACCACAUUAGUUUGCACUAUAUAGAUCAACAUUUUUUCUGUGAUCUAAUGAACAUUAUAUCAGCCCCUUUUCAAUGCAACAAACAAAACCAAAUCUAACUUUGCGAGAUUGAGUCUGUAAUUUUGCUGUAGGCAGAGCCAGAGUGCAACAGAGUAGAAUUCGGCCGAGUGAAUGAAUGCGCUUUUUUCAGAUCAGUUAAGAUCAGAGCCGCGUGUGAACAAUUGUUGAUAUUCUUUGCGAGUUAGCUAGAUAUUAGCCCAAUUAUACAGUGAGGGAUAAAAGUAUUUGAUCCCCUGCUGAUUUUGUACGGUUGCCCACUGACAAAGAAAUGAUCAGUCUAUCAUUUUAAUGGUAGGUUUAUUUGAACAGUGAGAGACAGAAUAACAACAAAAAAAUCCAGAAAAACGCAUAUCAAAAAUGUUAUAAAUUGAUUUGCAUUUUAAUGAGGGAAGUAAGUAUUUGACCCCCUCUCAAUCAGAAAGAUUUCUGGCUCCCAGGUGUCUUUUAUACAGGUAAUGGGCUGAAAUUAGGAGCACACUCUUAAAGGGAGUGCUCCUAAUCUCAGCUUGUUACCUGUAUAAAAGACACCUGUCCACAGAAGCAAUCAAUCAAUCAGAUUCCAAACUCUCCACCAUGGCCAAGACCAAAGAGCUCUCCAAGGAUGUCAGGGACAAGAUUGUAGACCUACACAAGGCUGGAAUGGGCUACAAGACCAUCGGCAAGCAGCUUGGUGAGAAGGUGACAACAGUUGGUGCGAUUAUUCGCAAAUGGAAGAGCCUGGGGCUCCAUGCAAGAUCUCACCUCGUGGAGUUGCAAUGAUCAUGAGAACGGUGAGGAAUCAGCCCAGAACUACACGGGAGGAUCUUGUCAAUGAUCUCAAGGCAGCUGGGACCAUAGUCACCAAGAAAACAAUUGGUAACACACUACGCCGUGAAGGACUGAAAUCCUGCAGCGCCCGCAAGGUCCCCCUGCUCAAGAAAGCACAUAUACAGGGCCGUCUGAUGUUUGCCAAUGAACAUCUGAAUGAUUCAGAGGAGAACUGGGUGAAAGUGUUGUGGUCAGAUGAGACCAAAAUUGAGCUCUUUGGCACCAACUCAACUCGCCGUGUUUGGAGGAGGAGGAAUGCUGCCUAUGACCCCUAGAACACCAUCCCCACCGUCAAACAUGGAGGUGGAAACAUUAUGCUUUGGGGGUGUUUUUCUGCCAAGGAGACAGGACAACUUCACUGCAUCAAAGGGACGAUGGACGGGGCCAUGUACCGUCAAAUCUUGGGUGAGAACCUCCUUCCCUCAGCCAGGGCAUUGAAAAUGGGUUGUGGAUGGGUAUUCCAGCAUGACAAUGACCCAAAACACAUGGCCAAGGCAACAAAGGAGUGGCUCAAGAAGAAGGACAUUAAGGUCCUGGAGUGGCCUAGCCAGUCUCCAGACCUUAAUCCCAUAGAAAAUCUGUGGAGGGAGCUGAAGGUUCGAGUUGCCACACGUCAGCCUCGAAACCUUAAUGACUUGGAGAAGAUCUGCAAAGAGGAGUGGGACAAAAUCCCUCCUGAGAUGUGUGCAAACCUGGUGGCCAACUACAAGAAACGUCUGACCUCUGUGAUUGCCAACAAGGGUUUUGCCACCAGGUUUGCACACAUCUCAGUACUAAGUCAUGUUUUGCAGAGGGGUCAAAUACUUAUUUCCCUCAUUAAAAUGCAAAUCAAUUUAUAACAUUUUUUACAUGCGUUUUUCUGGAUUUUUUUGUUGUUAUUCUUUCUCUCACUGUUCAAAUAAACCUACCAUUAAAAUGAUAGACUGAUCAUGUCUUUGUCAGUGGGCAAACGUACAAAAUCAGCAGGGGAUCAAAUACUUUUUUCCCUCACUGUACGUAGAUAAGUAUAGGUCAGCAAUGGGGAGUUACUGCUUCCUACAAGAGCACAAAAUGUGUAGGCUACAUUUCAAGCUGUCUUUGAAAAGGGAGUCAGGUAAAAAGCUUACGUCUUAAUUAAAGGGGCAGUGUUGUAUUUUGAGACAUGCUUGAAUAUGCAAAUAAGCCAAUAGGCAGAGGGGUAGCCUACAUUGUCUAAUUCUCUGUUGUUACAGGAGGGGGUCGCAGUUCCGGAGAGACCCACUAGGUGUCAUCCUCUGACAACCUUAGGCACCUCCUCACUCACAGUCUGGACUAAUCAUUAUCUUAUUGGUGUCACCUGUGUCUACCUGUUCACCUGUGUAUUUAUGCCCUCACUUCCCUGUGUUCCCUUGCUCUGUUUUCUCUGCUAGUUCUUGAUGCCAAACAGUACUAAUCCGUGUCUGAUCGCGAGACGUAUGUACAGGUACUUGAGAAGUGUUCUCCCUGUUUCAUUGUUGUUUUCAGUCAUAGUUAGUAUUUCGUAUGUUUGCUGUCAGCCUGUUUUUGGAGACCAAUUUUCUCCUCCUUUAUUCAUGACAAGUCCGUUAUUUUGUAUCCUGGUUUUGGGACCACCAGUAAAGAUCCUGGUUUCACCAUCUCUGCCUACUGCCUACUGUCUAUCCUGCACCGCACCUGGGUCACACCUCACACCAACACAUACACUCUGUAUGGUAUGGUGUUACAGACUAAGUAAAAAAUAAUUAUGUAAAAACUUAUAGGCUACUGUAGGCUAUAUCAUAGAAAUCAAAAGCUAUUUUUAUGUGAAAAUGUUAUGGGAUUCACUCCAUUGAUAUUGUUGGUAGGCCUACAUUAUGCUCAAAUAGCCACAAUAGCCUAUUGGCUACUGUCUAAAACUGUAAGGGUACAGCCUCAGUGUUCACUGUGAAAUUCUCACAACGUUCUCACAACGUUCAAGUUUCCGCUUACAAUACCUAAAAUUUGCUCAGUGCCCCAAAGAAUUUGAGGGAACAUUGCCAGAAAGACUCACAGCUGUAUUCGCUGCCAAAGGUGCUUCUACAAAAUAUUGACUCAGGGGUGUGAAUACUUAUGUAAAUUAGAUAUUUCAUUUUCAAUAAAUUUGCUAACAUUUCUACAAACAUGUUUUCACUUUGUCACUUUGUUGUGUAGAUGGGUGAGAGAGAAAAUAUAUGUAAUCCAUUUUGAAUUCAGGCUGUAACACAACAAAAUGUGGAAUAAGUCAAGGGGUAUGAAUACUUUCUGAAGGCAUUGUAUCCAAUAAUUUCAGUGUCUAGCUUGAGAUCAUUAAACAAGUAUUAAUACUUACUCAUCUCUCUCUGUUUCUCAGAUCAAAUACAAAGAGAGUGGGAAGAAGGACAUCUCAACCUCCCUCUACUCUCUACUCCCAGAGACCACAGAGAUCCAGUUUGCCAGAGAAAUGACAGAGAUGCAGAGCGAGGUGGCUGGACAUUUAGUUCAUAACUUCUGUUUUAGCCGCUUUUCUGUAUAAUGACCAAAAAAGUAGAACGAUUAUACAGUACCAGUCAAAAGUUUGGACACACCUACUCAUUCCAGGGUUUUUCUUUAUUUUUACUAUUUUCUACAUUGUAGAAUAAUAGUGAAGACAUCAAAACUAUGAAAUAACACAUAUGGAAUCAUGUAGGAACCCAAAAAAGUGUUAAACAAAUCAAAAUAUAUUUUAUAUUUGAGAUUCUUCAAAGUAGCCACCCUUUGCCUUGAUGACAGCUUUGCACACUCUUGGCAUUCUCUCAACCAGCUUCACCUGGAAUGCUUUUCCAACAGUCUUGAAGGAGUUCCCACAUAUGCUGAACACUUGUUGGCUGCUUUUCCUUCUCUCUGCGGUCCAACUCAUCCCAAACCAUCUCAAUUGGGUUGAGGUCGGGGGAUUGUGGAGGCCAGGUCAUCUGAUGCAGCACUCCAUCACUCUCCUUCUUGGUAAAAUAGCCCUUACACAGCCUGGAGGUGUGUUGGGUCAUUGUCCUGUUGAAAAACAAAUGAUAGUCCCACUAAGCCCAAACCAGAUGGGAUGGUGUAUCUCUGCAGAAUGCUGUGGUAGCCAUGCUGGUUAAGUGUGCCUUGAAUUCUAAAUAAAUCACAGACAGUGUCACCAGCAAAGUACCCCCACACCAUAACACCUCCUCCUCCAUGCUUUACGGUGGGAAAUACACAUGCAGAGAUCAUCCGUUCACCCACACCAUGUCUCACAAAGCCACGGCGGUUGGAACCAAAAAUCUCACAUUUGGACUCCAGAUCAAAGGACAAAUUUCCACCAGUCUAAUGAACAUUGCUCGUGUUUCUUGGCCCAAGCAAGUCUCUUCUUCUUAUUGGUGUGCUUUAGUAGUGGUUUCUUUUCAGCAAUUCGACCAUGAAGGCCUGAUUCACACAGUCUCCUAUGAACAGUUGAUGUUGAGAUGUGUCUGUUACUUGAACUCUGUGAAGCAUUUAUUUGGGCUGCAAUUUCUGAGGCUGGUAACUCUAAUGAACUUAUCCUAUGCAGCAGAGGUAACUCUGGGUCUUCCAUUCCUGUGGCGGUCCUCAUGAGAGCCAGUUUCAUCAUAGCGCUUGAUGGAUUUUGCGACUGCACUUGAAGAAACUUUCAAAGUUCUUGAAAUGUUCCGUAUUGACUGACCUCCAUGGCUUAAAGUAAUGAUGGACUGUUGUUUCUUUUUGCUUAUUUGAGCUGUUCUUGCCAUAAUAUGGACUUGGUCUUUUACAAAAUAGGGCUAUCUUCUGUAUAUCCCCCCUACCUUGUCACAACACAACUGAUUGGCUCAAACACUUUAAGAAGGAAAGAAAUUCCACCAAUUAACUUUUAAGAAGGAACACCUGUUAAUUGAAAUGCAUUCCAGGUGACUAUCUCAUGAAGCUGGUUGAGAGAAUGUCAAGAGUGUGCAAAGCUGUCAUCAAGGCAAAGGGUGGCUAUUUGAAGAAUCUCAAAUAUAAAUAUAUUUUGAUUUGUUUAACACUUUUUUGGUUACUACAUGAUUCCAUAUGUGUUAUUUCAUAGUGUUGAUGUCUUCACUAUUAUUCUGCAAUGUAAAAAAUAGUAAAAAUAAAGAAAAACCCUUGAAUAAGUAGGUGUGUCCAAACUUUUGACUAGUACAGUAUAUCACAAUACUUUCCUUUUCCAGAAUAAAUACAAAGAAGAAGGAAAAAGGUGUAUCUCCACGAGUGUGUACUCUCAGCUUCCAGAAACCACAGAGACACAGUUUGCGAAAGCUGUAUCUGAACUUCAGAGUGAGGUUAGUAACUAUUCCUUACAGUAUAGGUAAAUUGUUCUUACGUGUUUGUUCCAUUUGGAAUGAUGCACUGUAACGGAAAACUGUAAUUUAUACGGUAUUUUUGGGAAUUUUCAACAGUAAAUUACUAUGAAACGUUUUACUGCAGCAUACUGUAAAUUAUGGUGCAUUGUGGGAAAAUGUUGUGGGUGAGGAAAGAAUUGCUGUAUUUCGAAUGGUACUGUAAUUCCACCCCACAGAAUAUAGUACCGUACCCUAUCUUUGGAGCGCCAACAACCUUUUGACCACUAGUGGGUGCAUGGUAUUGUUGUUUCUGUCUCAUUAACAUAUUUUGAGGCGUGAGUGAGAAUGCUGUACCAAUUUAACUCCUAUGUGUUUAUAGUGCCCCUUUAAUUAAAAGUGUAUAGGGGACAGAUUGGGGUGGAAGCAACCUGCCAGUUUGGAAGCCUUUUUUAAGGCCUCUAGAAGUGCAAGUGAUAUAAAACACCAAAUAUGAAUUAAUAUACUGUAAUGUGUAAAAUCUUUACCUAGCAGCCAACCUGCUUGCACCAAUCCCUUGUAAUUACAGUAAAAUACUGUGAAAUACAAACCCCUACUCUCAAUGAAUGUCAUUCAUCCAUUCAUUCAUUUAUUCAUUCUGAUUAAGGUAGCAUUUACUAUUUUACAGUAUAAUUGUACUUAGUGUCAUUACACAUUACUUGUUUUGAUACCGUAUUUAUAUUACAGUAGGUGUACUGAAAUACAGAAUUGUACUUGCCACUGAGGUGCCUGUAAGUUUCUGUCAAAUGCAUGGUAACCCCUUUACAGUGUGGCGAUGCCUAUUAAAAUGAUAAAGAUCCUUGAGUAAAUUCAUUAGAAAGAAAUACUGAAUAAAAUGCUGAAUCUGUUUUUCCUCCAUUUAGAUGAAGUACAAAGAAGCAGGGAAGAAGGGAGUUUCUAGUUCUCUCUACUCCACCUUACCAGAAACAAUGGAGACCCAGCACGCCAAAGAGGCUUCCCAGCUACAGAGUGAGGUAGAGUAUAAACACAUACUGUAUUCACAAUUACCUGCAUAUAAUCUCACACAUAUAGUAUAUCUGCAGACUAUUUAGCAUGUAGAAAAGAAUAGUGGCGGUACAAUGAAACAGCCUGGUUUCAUAGAAUAAUAAUAUAAUAUAAUAUGCCAUUUAGCAGACGCUUUUAUCCAAAGCGACUUACAGUCAUGCGUGCAUCCAUUUUUUGUGUAUGGGUGGUCCCGGGGAUCGAACCCACUACCUUGGCAUUACAAGCGCCGUGCUCUACCAGCUGAGCUACAGAGGACCACCUGUAGCUCAGCUACAGACAUGAAUAGACAUAACAUACAUAAUAAAUGUACACUGAGUAUACAAAACAUUAAGAACACCUGCUCUUUCCAUGACAUAGUGGUGAAAGCUAUGAUCCCUUAUUGAUGUCACUUGUUAAAUCCACUUCAGUCAGUGUAGAUGAAGGGGAGGAGACAGGUUAAAGAAGGAUUUUGAAGCUUUGAGACAAUUGAGACAUGGAUUGUGUAUGUGUGCCAUUCAGAGUGUGAUUGGGCAGGACAAAAUACUUUGAACGGGGUAUGGUAGUAGGUGCCAGACGCACCGGUUUGAGUGUCAAGAACUGCAACGCUGCUGGGUUUUUCACGCUCAACAAUUUCCUUUUUGUCUCAAGAAUGGUCCACCACUCAAAGGUAGCACAACUGUGGGAAGCAUUGGAGUCAACUUGGGCCAGCAUCCCUGUGGAACACUUUCGACACCUUGUUGAGUCCAUGCCCCGAGGAAUUGAGGCUGUUCUGAGGGCAAAAGGGGGUGCAACUCAAUAUUAGGAAGGUGUCCCUAAUGUUUGGUAUACUCAGUGUAAAUCCAAGACACUCAAAUUAGUAUGAUAUGUUACGUUUGGUAUGGUUGCACAAGACAGAAGGAUACUUAAGGCAAAAACAAAAGUAGGUGGGGUGGAUGGGGGGGGUGUAUAAUGCAAACGUCUAGCAACCCAAAGGUUGCUUGUUCGAAUCUCAUCACGGUUGACUUUAGCAUUUUAGCUAAUUAGUAACUUUGCAACUACUUACUACUUAGCAUGUAAGCUAACCCUUCCCCUAACCAUAACCUUAACCCUUUAACCUAACUCCUAACCCUAACCUUAAACGUUAAACGUUAAACCGAACCUUAACCCUAACCUUAACCCCUAACCCUAACCUCUACCCUAGCUAACGUUAGCCACCUAGCUAACAUUAGCCACCUAGUUACCUAGCUUGAUAUGUUACAAAUUGGAAUUCGUAACGUAUCAUAUGUUUUGCAAAUUCAUAACAUAUCUUACAAAUUGCAAUUCGUAACAAAUUGUACAGAUUGCAAUUCAUAAAAUAUCAUACGAAUUGUAAUUCAUAACAUAUCAUAUGAAAUGGCUGAUGGACAUCCACAAAUGAAUACAUACCAUACGAAGUGUAACAUAUCAUACUAAUUGGAGUGUCCCAGAUUUACUUUUACUACAGUAUUUUACGUCUACCCCUGAGUCCAGGUUGAAUGAAAAGGGGAACCAGGGGAAACCAGGUGCUUUAUUAAUGCUAUUAGUGUGCUAUUACAUUUAUCUCAAACCAAUGUUUCCAUGUGAUGUUUCCUUUAUUCCAGCUAAAGUACAGGGAAGGACUGAAAAAUAACACCUCCCCCAGUUUCUAUUCUACGCUGCCCGAAACAAUUGAGACAAAUUUUGCGAAACGACAAUCAGCAAUGCGAAGUGAGGUAAAUAAUAUAUCUGUGUGUAUAUACUGUUAGAAUACACAGGGAGUACAAUGUGCAUUAUCAAAAAAUAAUAAUACAAAAUAAAGGGAAAUUCAUUACAACAGAGGGUUUUUUUCUCAUUUGAAUUUUUUAAAUAAUUAAUAAUUGAAUUCAGGCUAUCACGUACAGUGUGGGGAAAAAAAGUAUUUACUCAGCCACCAAUUGUGCAAGUUCUCCCACUUAAAAAGAUGAGAGGCCUGUAAUUUUCAUCAUAGGUACACGUCAACUAUGACAGACAAAUUGAGAGAAAAAAAUCCAGAAAAUCACAUUGUAGAAUUUUUUAUGAAUUUAUUUGCAAAUUAUGGUGGAAAAUAAGUAUUUGGUCACCUACAAACAAGCAAGAUUUCUGGCUCUCACAGACCUGUAAGAUCUUCUUUAAGAGGCUCCUCUGUCCUCCACUCGUUACCUGUAUUAAUGGCACCUGUUUGAACUUGUUAUCAGUAUAAAAGACACCUGUCCACAACCUCAAACAGUCACACUCCAAACUCCACUAUGGCCAAGACCAAAGAGCUGUCAAAGGACACCAGAAACAAAAUUGUAGACCUGCACCAGGCUGGGAAGACUGAAUCUGCAAUAGGUAAGCAGCUUGGUUUUAAGAAAUCAACUGUGGGAGCAAUUAUUAGGAAAUGGAAGACAUACAAGACCACUGAUAAUCUCUCUCGAUCUGGGGCUCCACGCAAGAUCUCACCCCGUGGGGUCAAAAUGAUCACAAGAACGGUGAGCAAAAAUCCCAGAACCACACGGGGGGACCUAGUGAAUGACCUGCAGAGAGCUGGGACCAAAGUAACAAAGCCUACCAUCAGUAACACACUACGCCGCCAGGGACUCAAAUCCUGCAGUGCCAGACGUAUCCCCCUGCUUAAGCCAGUACAUGUCCAGGCCCGUCUGACGUUUGCUAGAGUGCAUUUGGAUGAUCCAGAAGAGGAUUGGGAGAAUGUCAUAUGGUCAGAUGAAACCAAAAUAGAACUUUUUGGUAAAAACUCAACUUGUCGUGUUUGGAGGACAAAGAAUGCUGAGUUGCAUCCAAAGAACACCAUACCUACUGUGAAGCAUGGGGGUGGAAACAUCAUGCUUUGGGGCUGUUUUUCUGCAAAGGGACCAGGACGACUGAUCCGUGUAAAGGAAAGAAUGAAUGGGGCCAUGUAUCGUGAGAUUCUGAGUGAAAACCUCCUUCCAUCAGCAAGGGCAUUGAAGAUGAAACGUGGCUGGGUCUUUCAGCAUGACAAUGAUCCCAAACACACCGCCCGGGCAACGAAGGAGUGGCUUCGUAAGAAGCAUUUCAAGGUCCUGGAGUGGCCUAGCCAGUCUCCAGAUCUCAACCCCAUAGAAAAUCUUUGGAGGGAGUUGAAAGUCUGUGUUGCCCAGCGACAGCCCCAAAACAUCACUGCUCUAGAGGAGAUCUGCAUGGAGGAAUGGGCCAAAAUACCAGCAACAGUGUGUGAAAACCUUGUGAAGACUUACAGAAAACGUUUGACCUGUGUCAUUGCAACAAAGGGUAUAUAACAAAGUAUUGAGAAACUUUUGUUAUUGACCAAAUACUUAUUUUCCACCAUAAUUUGCAAAUAAAUUCAUUAAAAAAUCCUACAAUGUGAUUUUCUGGAUUUUUUUCUCUCAAUUUGUCUGUCAUAGUUGACGUGUACCUAUGAUGAAAAUUACAGGCCUCUCUCAUCUUUUUAAGUGGGAGAACUUGCACAAUUGGUGGCUGACUAAAUACUUUUUUUCCCCACUGUAUUUUGUUUUUUGGGUCAGCGCUGGUAAAUGUUUCAUGUCGCCUUUUCAUAUCCAAUAUAUCCAAAUAACUAAAAGGGAAUCUUUGAGGAAGCGAACACAUACAAGGUUCUCUCACUGGUGUUUGGCAAUGAUUUUGUAGGCUUGGUCUCAACUAUCUCUGGUUCAUAAGCUGUCUCUCCAUUUCUACUAUACCAGAUCAAGUAUAAAGAAGAUACUAAGGAGAACUCUAUCAACCUCUACUCUCUGCUCCCUGAGACAGCAGAGACACAGUUUGCAAAGCAGAUGUCUGAAAUGCAGAGCGAGGUAAAUAUCUGUUUAGAAUCACCAAACAUCAACAUGGGCUGAAUACAGUUCUAACUUGAGUUAUUUUACAGUGAAAAUCUCUCGUUGACAUCAAUUUAUUUAUUUAUACAAAAUGUGAUUCUCAAAAUUGGAUGUUUCCUUUAGUCAAUAACUGAAGCCAGAGAAGGAGGAAUUCCCUUUCCAAGAGAAACACAGAAACAUUUAUCAUUUUUCUUUAUCGAUCUUCAUGUACAAAAAACAUGAGAAUAACUGUACGUUUUUAUUAUGUCUACAAAAGUAGCAGUGUCUUUUCAGUGGUGUAAAAAUACUUGAAAGGACUACUUAAGUAGGUUUUUUGGGUAUCUGCACUUUACUCUUUAUAUUUUUGACUACUUUUUCUUCACGACAUUUCUAAAGAAAAUUAUGUAUUUUAUACUCCAUACAUUUUCCCUGACACCCAAAAGUACUCAUUACAUUUUGAAUGCUUAGCAGGACAGGAAAAUGGUCCCAUUCACUCACUUAUCAAGAGAACAUCCCUGGUCAUCCCUACAGCCUCUUAUGUGGUGGACUCACUAAACACAUGCUUUGUUUGUAAAUUAUGUUGGAGUGUGCCUCUGGCUAUCCGUAAAUAAAUAAAAAACAAUUCAAUUAUGCCGUCUGGUUUGCUUAAUAUAAGGACUUUGAAAUUAUAUAUACUUUUACUUUUGAUACUUAAGUAUAUUUAAAACCAAAUACUUUUAGACUUUUACUCAAGUAGUAUUUUACUGGGUGACUUUCACUUUUACUUGAAUCAUUUUCGAUGAAGGUAUCGUUACUUUUACUCAAGUAUGACAAUUGGGUACUUUUUCCACCACUGUGUCUUUUGUUGCUGUUGUUUUCCAGACAAAAUACAAAGAAGCAGGGAAGAAAGAGGCCUCCACUUCUCUCUACUCCACCUUACCAGAGACUUUGGAGACCCAGCACGCCAAAGAGGCUUCCCAGCUACAGAGUGAGGUAAGAACAUGGGCUGCCCAUCUGAUGUCUGUACAUUACAUUUUUCAUCAUAACUAAGUCAGAGGAAACCCUUCCUGUUACUGACAAACAUACAUUACUUCAGUAUCAAACGUCAGUGUACCUUUCCAUCUAAUGGAAUAAAGCCUGAGCGUUCUAAGAUGAAUAAAAUAAAAUAAAAUGUUAUUUGUCACAUGCAUCAUCAAACAACAGGGGUGGACUAACAGUGAAAUGCUUAAUUACAGGCCCUUCCCAACAAUGCAGAGAGAAAAAAAAUAGAGAAAUAAUAGAAAAGUAAAACACGUAAUAAUAAAAGUAAUAAUAAAUACACAAUGAGUAACGAUAACUUGGCUAUACACACGGGGUACCAGUACCGAGUCGAUGUGCAGGGGUAUGAGGUAAUUGAGGUAGAUAUGUACGUAUAACUAGGAAUAAAGUGACAGAUAGUAAACAAAUCUCUGCCUGUGUUAUUUGAGUGCUCCAAUGCCUUUACCAUAAAUAAGUCCACUAUUGGAAGUUUAUUUUGGGUAAGCCCAAUUUAUGGAUUCCUGUCUUUGUUGUUGAGCAGCACCCCUCCUACUUUACUUUGUUUGCUGAAGCACGGAGGCCUACCUCAACUCACAUCCAUUACUUUGUUUUCCAGCUCAAAUACAAAGGUGAGAACGUCUUCUCUGGUUCGGCUUACUCUCAACUCCCUGAGACGAUGGAGACAGAGAGAGCUCGGGAGCUCACUGAGAUGCAGAGCGAGGUGAGCACACAUUUUUCUCAAAGACAUGAAUAUUAAUGCUAAUGGGAACAUUGCAAGUUUUAUAGGACUACUUAGAAAUCUUUAUGAAUAUAUCAGCGUUAUCCGCAGAGUAACUAAACACGACUGAAUCGUGUCAUUUGUGGAAGUAUAAUUUUAAGUUAAUGUCAAAAUCCAUCAUCGAUUCAUUGUCUUUUCUUUAGCUCAAGUACAAACAGAGUGGGAGGAAGGGUAUGUCCCAAAGCGUCUAUUCCGUUCUAGCAGAUACCAUGGAGACCCAAUUUGUCAAAAAUGUGUCUGAACUGCAAAGUCAGGUGAGAAGAGCGGACGGUAUUCCUUUCUCUUUUGGGGAACAUUUCACCCAAAGUUCAUAUAGAUUUUCAUACUUCAAUGACAAUGUUUGUGAGAGAAGCAAUUUCCAGAUUUUAUGGCUGUUGCCAAAGUUAAACUUCUGAUAUGGAGGUGAAGUCAAUUACAGUAUAUGUUGUUUAUCUGCAUUGGUUUGAAUGAUUUUCUUUCAGACUAAGUACAAGAAGGCAGGGAAGAAUAAGGCAAAGUCUCUCUAUUCUGUGAUGCCAGAGACUAUGGAGAUCCAACAUGCCAAGCAGGUCUCCCAGCUCCAGAGCCAGGUGCAGUACAGUAACACUGACGUCCCCUCACCACACUUAUAGGACAUCUCUGCUUCAUCAGUCGCACGGCUAAUGAAAUAAGCACUUACUCUAGGGGCGAACCCUAACUUCCUAUUAUUUUCUCUUCUUCAUGCAUUGAUGUCUGUAGACGGGUUGGUUGUUUAGCAACAAAACCGACAGGGGGCAAAACAGACGGGGUUGUCUUAGUUUGUUGACAACAUGUAAAAUAUAUUUAUUCUCCAAUGUUUAUUGAAAACAUAAAUACAUUUGCACAAUGAGCACUUGUUGUCUCUCAAAUACAUUGUUACAGUUGUUGGUUAGCUAGCUUGCGAAUUUUGGUCAUAAUAUCUUGUUCUUGAUACCAUGUUUUAUUUUGAGAUGUUUUCACUGAUUUCAUGUCAAUGCUAAUUAUUAGCAUUGACAUGAAAUCAGUCAAAACACCUCAAAACAAGACAUGGUAUCAAGAACAAGAUAAAACCAGCUGAAAUGAGACACUUAUGAUUCCCCACAUGGCAGUUUCUUGUCAUUGUUGCUAGCUAUCUGGCCAUCCAGAAUCACAACAACAUACGGACUUCUGCCCCAUUGAACCGUGUGUAUCGUUUUCAUGACGUUGUCAGCUAACCCAUCAGUGGGAGGCUAAGUGAAAAUUCAACUUCAGUAGAAGUUAGGAUUCGCCCUUUAGUCCUAGACUCUUUCUAAUGACUAAGUAAGUGAACAUUAUAAUGUUUAAUUACAUUUAAAUUGUGAUAAUUCAAUAUUGUGUUGUAGCUAGAAAUGCUGUAAAAAAUAGAUGAUUUUGCUUCCUCUUUUCCAGCUCAAAUACAAGGAUGACGGGAAAAGGGAGAUGUCCAGUUCUCUUUAUUCUGUUCUCCCCGAGACGGCAGAGACUCAUUUAGCCAAAGAGCUCUCUGAGAUGCUGAGCGAGGUACAAUAUAUUAUAGUCUUUUUUAUUUUUUAUUCAUUUAGCAGACGCUCUUAUCCAGAGCGACUUACAGUUUUAGUGAGUGCAUACAUUUUUCAUACUGGCCCCCCGUGGGAAUCGAACUCACAACCCUGGCGUUGCAAGCGCCAUGCAAUACCAACUGUGGUCCUCUGUAGCUCAACUGGUAGAGCACGGCGCUUGUAACGCCAAGGUAGUGGGUUCGAUCCCUGGGACCACCCAUACACAAAAAUGUAUGCACGCAUGACUGUAAGUCGCUUUGGAUAAAAGCGUCUGCUAAAUGGCAUAUUAUUAUUAUUAUUAACUGAGCUACAGGAGGCCCCACAGUCAUGCCAACACAACAGCCAAAUACUGUGGAUUCUGCCUCCUCUCAUGUCCCCCCCAUUUUACUCAUGAACAAUUUAAUGAAUUGACUAGAAAGAAGCAUUUACAUGCAUACUCUUUGCCUAUUGAAAUAGGGACAUGAAACAUGCAUUAUGACUUAUUUUUGUUGUAGGUCAAGUAUAAAAAGGAGGGUAAAGAAGGUAUUUCCUCAAGCCUCUAUUCUCUGCUCCCGGAAACAACAGACACUCAGUUUGCCAAACAGAUGUCAGAAAUACAGAGUGAGGUACAGCAACUGUUUUACCACUAAAUCAACGAUUUUACUUUUUCUAGUUUAGUCUCUUGUUUGCAAAAAAAAUUUAUGCGUGAGUCAGGUUCUUGUGAAUUUGUUUCCUCUCUUUACGAACGUCACAAAACAAUGUUACUAUUCUGAAAUUAUUUAGUAAUUUCUUUGAUGUAUUUCCAUGUCAAAUUUUGUUAAUUUAACAACCUUUCAAUUUCUCAAUACCAAAAAUGACUUGCUCUUUCAUUUUGGGCAAUAUGUUUUGUACUUUUCCAGUUAAAGUACAAAAGAGACAUCGAGGAACUGCCCGAUACCUUGUACGCACUACUCCCUGAAACCAUGGAGACCAAGUUCGCAAAAGAAAUGACUCAAGAAAUGUCUCAGGUGGGGCUCACAGGGUUGUUUUAAACUGUGUGAUAAAAAAAACAGCUUCACUCACACAAACUAAGCUGUUGUUCUGAAAUGUCGUUUGCUUUUCAUGGCCAGCUAAGUCAAAACUACUGCAUUGCAAACAGUUAAUAAAGGAGUUGUAGGAUAUUAGAAUGUUAUGGUGAAGUUUGGAUAGGGGAAGAAAUAUAGCCAUCAAUGGAGACCUUAUAAAAACAGACUUUAAACAGAGACUAAGUUGAACAGUCUAUUUUGGUGGUAGGGUAUUGGCUUGGGCUGUGGGGGUCAGUUAAAAAUAGGCAGGUUGAGAGAUAAGAGGAGACACUUAGAGGGAGGAUGGACAGUCGAGGCCCAUUUGUAUGGAACUGAUAACAACCACCAAUGACAGUGAAUGUCAGGAUCGCAGACAAUAAUUGCCACUGACUCUAGAACUGCGAUUUGCAAAUGAAUGACCAACAAAUCAGCCCUCAAAGAAGGAUGUGGUAUGUUUGUCUUACUUCUAGAUUGUGAGUAUUGAUUUGUAUUUUGACCCAUUUUCUGUGUCUGCCUGUGUGUGUCUCUGUGUGUGUGUGUGUGUGUGUGUGUGUGUGCGGCAGGCCAAGUACAAGGAGGCAGGCAAGCAGCAGUUCUCCACUUCUCUCUACUCCACCUUACCUGAGACUUUGGAGACCCAGCACGCCAAAGAGGCCUCCCAGCUACAGAGCGAGGUGAGUCACACACACACACAUAAUUCAUGGGGUCUGUAUUCAAGUGCUUUAUAUGCUACCAAUGCUUUUUUACAUCAUGCCUUUUAUUGGCUGAUAAUUAGCUUUUACAACAUUCAGUACUUUUGCUCUGUUUUCAGAAUAACUAUAAAGAGGGAGGCAAAAAGGACAUGUCAACCUCCUUGUAUUCUCAACUUCCUGACACAUUAGAGAUCCAGUUUGCCCGAGAGCUUACAGAGCUCCAAAGUGAGGUAUCUAGCUAGAACUCUUCAAAUCAUCUUACUGUGACUCUGUCUACUAGGCUUAUUUGCACCAAUGCAAUCCAUGUCAUCAUUUGGUUACAUCAUCUGAAGGAACAAGUGUAAUGUUUUUUAUGUCCAUCAGAACAAGUAUAAGGAAGACGGGAAAAGGAGUCUUUCGAUAAGCAUUUAUUCUCAACUAGCAGAGACCAAGGAGACGCAGUUUGUGAAAGCCGUUUCCGAUCUCCAGAGUGAGGUAAGACUUUAGAUAAUAGUUUUUGGUGACAUUAGAACCCUUCAUCAUUGGCGAAACAACACUGUCAUGUUUUAUCUAGCCCAACAGAUUAUGAAUACAGUCAUGACAGCUGGGGUCGGCUUAUGACAACUGACUUUACAGUGUUACGACACAAACAAUGUUUAUACCAACUAAAUGGCUUAGCAAACAAAUGUAUUGUGUAAUGUCAGUGUAAGGUACGUUUUAAUAAGCUGACAUGAACUGUCAUGAUUGUUUAAGACAUCUGUUAUGUCAUGAUUAUGACAAUGUUAUGUAGACCAUGACGGAUGGUCUACGUCAAAUGUAACUUACUUUUUCAAGAUUUGAGUAGGAAACUUUUAGGGAGAAGGUAAAGAUGUAGCAGACCUUGUAAACUAAACCAAAAAAACAUAACUUUGUGUUUUAGAAAAAGUAUAAGGAGGCAGUAAAGAAGCAGGUGUCUCUCUACGCCACCUUACCAGAGACCAUGGAGACCCAGCACGCCAAAGAGGUUUCUCUGCUACAGAGUGAGGUAGAGUAACAGUGUACUUUUACACAUUUACCGUAACAUAUACACUUAUAUACAGUAUCCUUUAAUAUGUAGUGUACAAAUAUGGUUAAGGUAUAGUUUAUUACACUGAUACAGUAUUCCAUACAUUAAGACGUUAUGCCUCAUAUAGAUAUAUUCAGCUAUUCAGAUCCUCUAGUAUCCCUCAGAAUAAAUAUGUUUUCUGAUCGUAAUCAUCAUGAUCACCAUAGAUGUUGUUUUCCGUUCUCUAGCUGAAAUACAAGCAAGGUGGCAAAAAGGAUACCUCCAGUUCUCUGUACUCCCUGCUUCCAGAAACGGCAGAGACCCAACUAGCCAAAGAGCACUGUGAUAUUUAUAGUGAGGUAAGGCAUCUUGAAAAACUUAUGCCACCAAGCCUUUUGCAAAAACAACCAUUUAAAAGACACAUUACCCAGAUCCACAGAAAUCAAAGAGAUAUGCUUUCAGGUGAAAUACAAAGAGGACGGUAAAAAGGAGCUUUCCAACAACCUUUAUUCCUUGCUGCCAGAAACAGCGGACACACAAUUUGCCAAGCAGCAAUCAGAAUUCCGAAGUGAGGUAAAGUUUUUUUUGUUGUUGCUCAGAUUACUUUACUAUUUCACUUUGAUCAGUCAAUGUAGAAUAUGUCUAUUUUUUACCUGUUCCACAAAGUUAUGUGUUGUAAAAUACUCCAUCUAAUGUAUAGCUGAAACACUCACAAAGAAAUAUAUAUAUAAUUAUGUUGUGUGUGUGUGUGCAUGUAGUUCUUCAUAUUGAUGAUGUUACUAUAGGAAUCAUUUGUUUGUGUUUGUUUGCAUUCACUCAUUAAUAAUUGAUUUAGUGUUAAUUUCUGUCAACACUUUCUGUACCUUCCAGCAAAAUUACAAAAGCGACACCCAGGAACUGUCCAAUUGCUUGUACGCACUACUGCCUGAAACCAUGGAGACCAAGUUUGCUAAAGAAAUGUCUCAAGAAAUGUCUCAGGUAAUGUCUCAGGUGGGGCUCACAGGGUUGUUCUACUAACUGUAUGAUGACAAACCAGCAGCUUCACUAACACUACUCCUGCAUGGUAUCACAGCAGAUGACUUCGAAUGCCUCCUCUAUCUCCUCUCUUAAAUAGACGUAGACAACCUGCCCUAUUGAUAAGCAUGCCUCUCUUCUUUCUUAAUAAGUGAUAAGAGACAGUGAUAAGAUACAGUGACAAUGUUUAUUGCGGGAAAUGCAUUCAGCAAGUCGUUGACUAACUUUGAAAAUAAUAACAUUUUAUUCAGCACAUUAUAAUUCAUAAGUUAUAUGUCAAUGUUGAAAUAAGAAAUUAUCUAUCCGUUACCUAUUAUGUGAGAUAAUAUCAUGUUGUAUUUUGUCUUCUAGUCUAAAUACAAGGAGGCAGGGAAGAAAGAGGCCUCCACUUCUCUCUACUCCACCUUACCAGAGACUUUGGAGACCCAGCACGCCAAAGAGGUUUCUCUGUUACAGAGUGAGGUAAAGGUCUAUGUGCCUCAUAUUAUAUUCUACCAAUUCUAAGAUACACAUAAAGGCGGUGUUUUUAACCAUACUUACUCAUUUUGAAAUAAAUGCUGUGCUAAGCAUUUGAAGUGAAAAUAUCAUCCUAGGUCUUAAUGAGGCUUCCAAUUUGUUGUCUUUCCAGAACAAGUACAGAGAGAGUGUAAAACUGACCCAGUCCAGUAGUCUGUACUCUCAGCUCCCCCAGACUACAGAGACCCAGUUUGCUGCCAAAGUCUCUGACCUACAGAGCGGGGUAAAGAAGAAACACCCAAAGCUUCCUUCUGACACUAAUGACAGUGAACCUUUUUAUUAUUGAUUACCCCCAAUAACACCUGACUAACAACACUCUCUACAGAUCCCCAGUGUCUAAAUCCAAAAGUCAAACUGAGUCCAAUACUGUGUUUCUUCCCAAUGGUGUCCUAGAACAAGUACAAACAGGAAGGUAAGAAGAGUAUCUCUACCUGCAUUUACUCUCAACUACCAGAGACCAAACAGACCCAGUUUGUGAAGGCUGUGUCCGAACUUCAGAGUGAGGUUAGACUUGGACACUCUUGAUUGUUUUGCCACUUCCUUUCUAUUUAGUUGCUGUCUCAAGUACACUGAAAUAUAAUAAUUACAGACAAAAGUUAUGUUCAUGCCAGUUCCAAUGACUAUACUGUAUGGCAGUAUUUCCCAACUCCGGUCCUCCAGUACCCCCAACAGUACACAUUUUUGUUGCAGCCCCGGACAAGCACACCUGAUUCAACUUGUCAACUAAUCAUUAAGCCUUCAAUUAGUUGAAUCAGUUGAGUUUGUCUGGGGCUACAACAUAAAUGUGUACUGUUGGGGGUACUGGAGGACCGGAGUUGGAAAACACAGCUGAUAAGUAGAUAUGGUAGAUAUCAUCUCUAUUUGAUAACAGUUAGUGUGCUGACAAGGAAAUUCAGAAAUAACAUGAUUGUUUCCAUUGCGUCACAGACUAAAUAUAAGGAAGCAGGGAAGAAAGAGGCCUCCAGUUGUCUCUACGCCCUGUUACCAAAGACUAUGGAGACCCAGCAUGCCAAAGAGGCUUAUCUGUUACAGAGUGAGGUAGACAAAUCAACAAUGUUAUCAGUCUCAGGUGUCCUCCAUUGUACAAAAGUAGCAUUCCCAAUAAGAACAGCAGUUGUAAAUCGUUUUUCAUUUCAACUGAAGCAUACACACACACCCUCUUCUUCUCCAGAAUAAGUACAAAGAAGGCGGUAAGAAGGAGAGUUUAACCUGCCUGUACUCUCAGCUUCCGGAAACCACUGAGAUUCAGUUUGCUAAAACAGUGACAGAACUGCAGAGUGAGGUGGGUGGAUGGAUGGAUGUUGCUGUAAUACAAUAGGCUAUGAUAAUGGAUUGAUACAAGAUCAAAAUGGCAGUUUUGUUCUGAACUGCUUAGUCAUUGCAGCUCUUGUUUUGUUUUUUCAGAAUAAAUACAAACAGAAAGGUAAACAGGCGAUAGCCAGCAGCAUCUUCUCCCAGCUGCCAGGGACAAAGGAGAUCGAGUUUGCCAAACAGAUUUCAGAAAUGCAGAGCGAGGUAAACUAUGCACGCACGUGUGUAAAUAUGUUUUGACUGUGAGUGUAUGCAGUAUACGUGUUGUACAUGCAUUUUAAAAUCAUAUAUAGUGUAUAUUUCUCUUUGUGUGUAUUUCUAUUAGAAAAAUAUAUACAUGGUAUAUUUUUGAGAAAAAAAAUAUGAAGAAAAUAUAUGCUGUGUAAUAUAUGCAUUUUCAGAUCAUAUGUACUGUUUAUUUUAAUGUGUGUGUUCUUGAAAAAUAUAUACAUAGAAUGGUAUAUAUAUUUCAAACAUUCUCGUUGGGUUUUUGGGGGGGGUAUCCUUUUUGCUUUUCAGCAAAAUUACAAAAGUGACACCCAGGAACAUUCCAAUUGCUUGUACGCACUACUGCCUGAAACCAUGGAGACUAAGUUUGCUAAAGAAAUGUCUGAAGAAAUGUCUCAGGUAAUGGCACACAGGGUUGUUCUACUAACUGUAUGAUGAAAAACCAGCAGCUUCAAUCACACUCAUGCGGAAUGGCUCUAUGUUAGUCAUAGACUUACCGUAUCAACUACUGCAGCCAGCAUCAAAUAGCUCAAAUAUUCCAGUUGUUGCUUCUAUACUCUGAGUUUUCUCUCAAGCUGAUUUACUCUAGAUGGGUUCUUGGUGGAGUUGAGAGGAAAGAUCAUCAGAGACAAUGUUGUUGUUGUUGUUUUCAGAGUAAAUACAAAGAAGCUGGGAAAAAGGAGAUGGCCAACUCUCUGUACUCCCUCAUGCCCCAGACCAGUGAGAUCCAGCAUGCCAAAGAGCUCUCCCAGCUCUACAGCCAGGUAUACUGUGUGUGUGUAUACAGUGCAUUCGGAAAGUAUUCAGACCCCUUUGACUUUUCCCACAUUUUGUUACGUUACAGCCAUAUUCUUAAAUUGAUUAAAUAGUUUUUUCCCCUCAUCAAUCUACACACAAUACACCAUAAUGACAGAGCAAAAACAGGUUUUUAGAAAUGUUUGCUAAUAAAAAACUGAAAUAUUACAUUUACAUAAAUAUUCAGUCCCUUUAAUCAGUACUUUGUUGAAGCACCUUUGGCAUCGAUUACAGACUUGAGUCUUCUUGGGUAUGACGCUACAAGCUUGGCACACCUGUAUUUGGGGAGUUUCUCCUAUUCUUCUCUGCAGAUCCUCUCAAGCUCUGUCAGGUUGGAUGGGGAGCGUUGCUGCACAGUUAUUUUCAGGUCUCUCCAGAGAUGUUCGAUUGGGUUCAAGUUCCGGGCUCUGGCUGGGCUACUCAAGGACAUUCAGAGACUUGUCCUGAAGCCACUCCUGCGUUGUCUUGGCUGUGUGCUUAGUGUCGUUGUCCUGUUGGAAGGUGAACCUUCGCCCCAGUCUGAGGACCUGAGCGCUCUGGAGCAGGUUUUCAUCAAGGAUCUCUCUGUAUUUUGCGCCAUUAAUCUUUCCCUCGAACCUGACUAGUCUCCCAGUCCCUGCCGCUGAAAAACACCCCCACAGCAUGAUGCUGCCACCACCAUGCUUCACCGUAGGGAUGGUGCCAGGUUUCCUCCAGAUGUGACGCUUAUCAUUCAGGCCAAAGAGUGUAAUUUUGGUUUCAUCAGACCAGAGAAUCUUGUUUCUCAUGGUCUGAGAGUCUUUAGGUGCCUUUUGGAAAACUCCAAGCGGGCUGUCAUGUGCCUUUUACUGAGGAGUGGCUUCCGUCUGUCCACUCUACCAUAAAGGCCUGAUUGGUGGAGUGCUGCAGAGAUGGUUGUCCUUCUGGAAGGUUCUCCCAUCUCCACAGAGGAACUCUAGAGCUCUGUCAGAGUGACCAUCAGGUUCUUGGUCACCUCCCUGACGAAGGCCCUUCUCCCCCGAUUGCUCAGUUUGGCCGGGCGGCCAGCUCUAGGAAGUGUCUUGGUGGUCCCAAACUUCUUCCAUUUAAGAAUGAUGGAGGCCACUGUGUUCUUUGGGACCUUCAAUGCUGCAUAAUUUUUUUGGUUCCCUUCUCCAGAUCUGUGCCUCGACACCAUCCUGUCUCGGAGCUCUACGGACAAUUAUUUCGACCUCAUGGCUUGGUUUUUGCUCUGACAUGCACUGUCCACUGUGGGACCUUAUAUAGACAGGUGUGUGCCUUUCCAAAUCAUGUCCAAUCAAUUGAAUUUACCACAGGUGGACUCCAAUCAAGUUGUAGAAACAUCUUAAGGAUGAUCAAUGGAAACAGGAUUCACCUGAGCUCAAUUUUGAGUCUCAUAGCAAAGGGUCUGAAUACUUAUCUAAAUAAUCUAUUUAUUUAUUUAUUUAUUUUUUUGUAGAAAUUUGUUAAUACCUGUUUUUGCUUUGUCCUUAUGGAGUAUUGAGUGUAGAUUGCUGAGGAUAUAUAUAUUUUUUAAAUCAAUUUUAGAUUAAGGCUGUAACGUAACAAAAUGUGGAAAAGGUCAAGGGGUCUGAGUACUUUCCGAAGGAACUGUGUGUGUGCGUGCGUGUGUUGUUUAUAAUAAAUAUUGACAAACAGUAUGUGCAACGAGGUUCCCUUCUUGUUUCAGAAAAGCUACAAAGAAGAGGGUAGGAAGGACACGGGCCACAGUCUGUACUCACAGAUGCCCCAGACCAUUGAGACUGCAUUCGCUAAAGAGGUGGCCAAGCACCAGAGUGAUGUAAGCAUGCCAGUAUCUGGUCCCCCAGCUGUAGUCCAUGUUUCUGUCAGGUUUAGUUGUGUCCAGCUGUAUGCUUGACCCUUGAUGCUAUGAUAUACCUGAAUAUCAUCAAGUCUGAGCCACCUGCUAAAUGAGGAUAGAAUAGCUAUGUGAUGGAUCAGUGCUCAUAUAGUAGUCCAGGUGGAAUGCCCUGUAAUAUGAGUGGAACACACACACACGCUGCCCCACCAAUCCCUUACCCCUAUUAGUCUUCAGUGCCAAUGGAUUGGACAGGGGAGUGGGUAUCAAGGUGCCCAGCCAGGCGUGAGGCUGACGGGAACAGCUGUGAUGUCUACUGCCCUGCAGGCAGACCCACUGGCCCAGACACAGACACACCCCCUCUGUCUGGUCUCUGUCUGUCUCGGUCUUUCUCUCUCUGUCUGUCUCUGUCUCAUUCAGUCUGAUCUCUGUCUGGCUCAGUCUGGUCUCUUGUCUGGCUCAGUCUGCUCUCUGUCUGGCUCAGUCUGCUCUCUGUCUGUCUCUGUCUCUGUCUCUGUCUCUGUCUCUGUCUCUGUCUCUGUCUGGCUCAGUCCACUCUCUGUCUGGCUCAGUCUCUCUCUCUCUCUCUCUCUCUCUGUCUGUCUCAGUCCGCUCUCUGUCUCUGUCUCUGUCUGUCUCUCUCUGUCUCUGUCUGUCUCUCUGUGUCUCUGUCUGUUUCCGUCUGUCUCAGUCCGCUCUCUGUCUCUGUCUGUCUCUGCCCGGGUCUGGCUUCUAGACAUGGGCACUGUAAACUGCUCUGUGUGUGUGUGCGUCCGUGCGUGCGUCCGCGUGUGCGUGCCGAGAAUGCAUACCUCCCCACUGUCCGCUGUGGAAAGCCUCUCUCCAGAGAAGUGUGUAGCAAUUUGGUGUUUGGGUGCAUCGUGUCUCCCUAACACCGAUCAGAGGUUUGAGGUGAUAAAUAUAUGCUUAGUAUUUUAUUCCCAUUUGUAGUUCUCCACGUCCCACUUGAUCUAUUCUUGCAUCGCUCCAUUUCCCAAACAGCUAUAACACUGGCGCCCAUCACCUCUCAGUGCCCUGUGACUGGUUCAUACCAGAGGUACCUGGAUAACGAGCGGUUAUUCUUUAGCCGCAUAUUGUUAACAUUACAGGGGCUCCUCCUGCUAAAUGAUUCACGCUCAGAUGGGAAUCUCGUGUACUGUGGGUGGGUGAUGUAUCCGUUCCAGGGUCUCGUGUAGUCAGCACGUUGAAUAUGUAAUGGUUUUCUUUCCCUUCUCUCUCUUCUCUCUGGUCUGUCAUCCUCUCCAGAAACUGUACAAGGAGAAGUACAACGCGGAGAAGGGCCAGUCCAGUUACACCACCAUGGAGACCUUACCAGAGGUCUCCCACGCUAUGGAAGUCAACAAACAGCAGAGCGAAGUAAUUACCCACAAUGCAUUUUCCCCUGAUACAAACUACAUUCUUUAUUUUUUCAUUUUAUGUUUAUAAUGCAGAAAUAGUGAAUAUGAGAGACAGGCAGUAAGGAGGAGGGUUUGUUAGAAGGGAGUUGGCCAGAUUUGAACCUGGCUUACAGCGGUAACCGUUAGAUCACUGUAGGCCACACAAGCUACAAUCAUGGGAAAUGUUAUGGGUUAGGCUAGCUAGAUGUUGUUAUUUGUGCUGUAUGGAAUACGUUUGUCCGAAGUUUUAGUGAACAUGGAUAUGAAUCCAUGGAAAAUUCAAGUGCACACAAAUGCAGAUUUUAUCCACAUCCUGCAUGUUUGGUUGAGGUCAGGGAUUUCUGUGUACCAAUAUCCCAUAAUGGAUUCUGAGGGCCCUCUGGCCAUGUUGCUCAUUUGAGAGAUGUCAGUAUGCAUCAACAUCACCUAGGGAAAAGUGGGCCAAAGGAUGUCACUGAUUGUUCCCAUUGAUUGUUCUGGUGUCUAUCACUGUGCUUAAUCUCUCUGUUACAGGAAAUAUUAGCCAGUGUGGAGACAUUGCAUUUUGACACAGAAUGUUACAGUACACAAAUGAUGAUGAUUGAAUGAAUGCCCCUGAAAUGCAAAAAAUGAAUCGCUCCACAAAUAAUCCUAACACUUCCUUCCCUCCUCAAUGCCUUCAGGUCAACUACAGGACAGGGAAACAGGACCACCACAAUUUCACCACGUUGGCGGACAGACCUGAUAUCCAGAACGCCAAACAGGCCACUGAACUGGCCAGCGACGUGAGUUCAUAUCAAAUCAAACUUUAUCUUAAGCGCAAAACAAUACAAUAGAAUAUAUAUAUAUAUAUAUAUAUAUAUAUAUAUAUAUAUAUAUAUAUAUUCUAUUCUAUUGUUUUGCGCUUAAGAUAAAGUUUGAUUUGAUAUGUAUGUAUGACUGUAUAUAUAUAUAUAUAUAUAUAUAUCCAGUACCAGUCAAAAGUUUGGACACACCUACUCAUUCAAGGGUUUUUCUUUAUUGUUGCUGUUUUCUACAUUAAACAAAUCAAUAUAUAUUUUCAAUUUGAGAUUUUUCAAAGUAGCCACCCUUUGCCUUGAUGGCAGCUUUGUACACUCUUGGCAAUCUCUCAACCAGCUUCAUGAGGUAGUCACCUGGAAUGCAUUUCAAUUAACAGGUGUGCCUUGUUAAUUUGUGGAAUUUCUUUCCUUCUUAAUGCCAAUCAGUUGUGUUGUGACAAGGUAGGGGUGGUAUACAGAAGAUAGCCCUAUUUGGUAAAAGACCAAGUCCAUAUUAUGGCAAGAACAGCUCAAAUAAGCAAAGACAAAUGACAGUCCAUCAUUACUUUAAGACAUGAUGGUCAGUCAAUCCGGAAAAUGUCAAGAACUUUGAAAGUUUCUUCAAGUGCAGUCGCAAAAACCAUCAAGCGCUAUGAUGAAACUGGCUCUCAUGAGGACCGCCACAGGAAAGGAAGACACAGAGUUACCUCUGCUGCAGAGGAUAAGUUCAUUAGAGUAACUGCACCUCAGAAAUUGCAGCCCAAAUAAAUGCUUCACAGAGUUCAAGUAACAGACACAUUUCAACAUCAACUGUUCAGAGGAGACUGUGUGAAUCAGGCCUUCAUGGUUGAAUUGCUGCAAAGGAACCACUACUAAAGGACUCCAAUAAGAAGAAGAGACUUGCUUGGGGCAAGAAACACGAGCAAUGGACAUUAGACCGGUGGAUGUCUGUCCUUUGGUCUGAUGGGUCCAAAAGUGAGAUUUUUGGUUCCAACCGCCUUGUCUUUGUGAGACGCAGAGUAGGUGAACGGAUGAUCUCUGCAAGUGUGGUUCCCACCGUGAAGCAUGAAGGAGGAGGUGUGAUGGUUUGGGGAUUCUUUGCUGGUGACACUGAUAUUUAUUUAGAAACCAAGGCACACUUAACCAGCAUGGCUACCGCAGCAUUCUGCAGCGAUACGCCAUCCCAUCUGGUUUGCGCUCAGUUGGACUAUCAUUUGUUUUUCAACAGGAAAAUGACCCAAAACACACCUCCAGGCUGUGUAAGGGCUAUUUUACCAAGAAGGAGAGUGAUGGAGUGCUGCAUCAGAUGACCUGGCCUCCACAAUCACCCGACCUCAACCCAAUUGAGAUAGUUUGGGAUGAGUUGGACCGCAGAGUGAAGGAAAAGCAGACAACAAGUGCUCAGCACAUGUGGGAACUCCUUCAAGACUGUUGGAAAAGCAUUCCUCAUGAAGCUGGUUGAGAGAAUGCCAAGAGUGUUCAAAGCUGUCAUCAAGGCAAAGGGUGGCUAUUUUGAAGAAUAUUAAAUAUAUUUAGAUUUAACACUUUUUGGGUUAAUACAUGAUUCCAUAUGUGUUAUUUCAUAGUUUUGAUGUCUUCACUAUUAUUAUACAAUGUAGGAAAUAGUCAAACUAAAGGAAAAACCCUUGAAUGAGUAGGUAUGUCCAAACUUUUGACUGGUCCUGUUUAUACAGUUGAAGUUGGAAGUUUACAUACACCUUAGCCAAAUACAUUUAAACUCAGUUUUUCACAAUUCCUGACAUUUAAUCCUAGUAAAUAUUCUGUGUCUUAGGUCAGUUAGGAUCACCACUUUAUUUUAAGAACGUGAAAUGUCCGAAUAAUAGUAGAGAGAAUGAUUUAUUUCAGCUUUUAUUUAUUUCAUCACAUUCCCAGUGGGUCAGAAGUUUACAUACACUCAAUUAGUAUUUGGUAGCAUUGCCUUUAAAUUGUUAAACUUGGGUCAAACAUUUUGGGUAGCCUUCCACAAGCCUCCCACAAUAAAUUGGGUGAACUUUGACCCAUUCCUCCUGACAGAGCUGGUGUAACUGAGUCAGGUUUGUAGGCCUCCUUGCUCGCACACGCUUUUUCAGUUCUGCCCAAAAAUGUUCUAUAGGAUUGAGGUCAGGGCUUUUUGAUGGCCACUCCAAUACCUUGACUUUGUUGUCCUUAAGACAUUUUGCCACAACUUUGGAAGUAUGCUUGGAGCCAUUGUCCAUUUGGAAGACCCAUUUGUGACCAAGCUUUAACUUCCUGACUGAUGUCUUGAGAUGUUGCUUCAAUAUAUCCACAUAAUUUUCCUUCCUCAUGAUGCCAUCUAUUUUGUGAAGUGCACCAGUCCCUCCUGCAGCAAAGCACCCCCACAGCAUGAUGCUGCCACCCCUGUUCUUCACGGUUUGUCACGGUUUCGGCCGAGGCUGCCUCUCUCCCUUGUUCGGGCAGGCUUCGGCGUUCGUCGUCUCCGGAAUUCUAGCUGCCACCGUUCUAUGUUCUGUGUUUCCUGUUUGAUUAGUUUUGUCUGUUAGCCACACCUGUUUUGUGUUAGGUCUCAUUAUGCACCCUAUUUAGUUCCCUGUUUGUGUGUAUAGUGUUGUGUGUAAUUGUCGCUUGUCAGAUGGUUGCGUAGCUGUGUUAUUUUUCCAGUACGCCAGGAUUAGUAGUGUCCUCCUCUGUUUAGGAGAGUUUUGCGCACUGUGUUUUCGUGCGAUCGUGUGUUGACGCCUGUGCGCGUCUGUUUGGCAUCCUGCCGUUUGUGGAUUAUUUUGCAUAGUAAAGUCUUGUUGGACUGUACCUCUGCUUCUGCGCCUGAUUCCCCACCACACCAUCACUACAUCGUUGACAGAAUUACACACCAUAAACAUGGAAUCAGCGGGAGCCGAAGCAGCGCCGACGAGACUGGAGGUCCAGGUUCGGGAGCAACAGGAACAGAUCCUCCAGAUGGGAACCGCCCUGCAGGAGGUAAUCACCACGCUCCAAGGCUGGGGCGCACCUCCAACACCUUCCUCACCGCCAGCCCAGCCAGCACCAUCGGCCAGCCUGCCCAUUCCAGCGCCAGAACACCGAGGGAUCCGACUCGCUCUCCCGAGGGCCUACGACGGAACCGCGGCUGGGUGUCAGGGAUUCCUCCUCCAGGUGGAGUUGUACCUGGCCACCGUACACCCGGCACCCUCGGGGCAUGAGAGCGUGUCUGCCCUGAUAUCCUGCCUGUCCGGGAAGGCGUUGGAAUGGGCCAACGCGGAGUGGAGGAAGAUCGACGCCGCGAGUAUCACCUACGACGAGUUCUCCCGCCGCUUUAGGGCGGUGUUCGACCAUCCCCCGGAGGGGAAAGCGGCGGGGGAGCGUCUGGUCUUCCUCCGGCAGGGGAGGAGGAGUGCUCAGGAAUUCGCGCUUGAAUUCCGUACUCUAGCGGCUGAUGCAGGGUGGAAUGAGCGGGCCCUCGUCGAUAUAUAUCGAUGUAGCCUAAGAGAGGACGUCCGUAGGGAGCUGGCCUGUAGGGACACCAGUCUCUCUUUCGACCAGCUGGUCGACAUGUCAAUCAGGUUAGAUAACCUAUUGGCCACCCGCGGACGUCCUGAGGGGGGUCCGUCCAUUUCACCCUCCAGCGCAUCCGAGCCGUGUCCUAUGGAGCUCGGGGGCACUGGCGCUAGAGAUAGGAGGAGUCGGCAGGUGAGGGGGUCCAUCCACUGCACCAACUGUGGUCGGGGAGGACACACCGCGGCUAGGUGCUGGGGAUGGCCUCCUCGGGGAGAUGACGACAGGUCCCGCACUGGGGAUUCCCUCCAGGUGAGUAGGCGCCCCACUCACCCAGAGCUCACUGUUGCCCAUUUUUGUAUGCCUGUGCGUUUUCCGCAGGUGGCACCUCAUUCCCAGUAUAAGGCGCUGGUAGAUUCAGGCGCGGCUGGGAAUUUUAUUGAUAAGAAGUUUUGUUUAGAGUUAGGGUUUCCCCUUCUCCCUGUUGAUGUUCCUUUUCCCGUUCACGCCCUAGAUAGUCGUCCGUUGGGUACGGGCUUAAUCAGGGAGGUCACGGCGCCACUUAGGAUGUGUGCGCAGGGGAGUCAUCAGGAGAUAAUUCAACUGUUUCUGAUUGAUUCUCCUGCGUAUCCGGUGGUGCUGGGCAUGCCCUGGUUAAGUACCCAUAACCCCGUUAUUUCGUGGCAGGAGAGGGCUCUGAUGGAGUGGUCUGCUCAGUGUGUGGGUAGAUGUUUGGGCGUUUCCAUAGGGGCUACCUCGGUGGAGAGUCCAAACCAGGUGCCCGCAUUGCACAUUCCACCUGAGUAUGGGGAUUUGGCUAUUGCGUUUAGUAAGGCGAGGGCGACGCGGUUGCCACCCCAUAGGCAGGGGGAUUGUGCGAUAGACCUUCAGGCAGGAGCUGCGCUCCCACGGAGUCAUGUGUAUCCUCUGUCUCAGGAGGAGAAGAAAGCUAUGGAGGUUUACAUAGACGAAUCACUGAGACAAGGAUACAUACGGCCGUCCACUUCCCCCGCGUCCUCGAGUUUCUUUUUUGUGAAGAAAAAGGAUGGGGGUUUGCGUCCGUGCAUCGAUUACCGUGGUCUCAAUCAGAUUACGGUGAAGUAUAGUUAUCCACUCCCGCUGAUUGCGACCAUGACUGAGUCGUUGCAUGGGGCGCGUUUCUUCACGAAAUUAGAUCUCAGGAGCGCGUACAACUUGGUGCGCAUCAGGAAGGAUGAUGAAUGGAAAACAGCCUUUAGUACCACCUCGGGCCAUUACGAGUAUCUAGUCAUGCCAUACGGGUUGAUGAAUGCUCCGUCAGUUUUCCAAUCAUUCGUGGAUGAGAUCUUCAGGGACAUGCAGGGACAGGGAGUCGUGGUGUACAUAGAUGACAUUCUCGUGUACUCACCUACCCGUGUCGAGCAUGUGGCCCUGGUGCGCAGGGUGUUGCGGAGGCUGGUGGAGCACGACCUGUAUGUGAAGGCAGAGAAGUGUCUGUUUUUCCAGGAGUCGAUUUCCUUUUUGGGGUAUCAGUUGUCUGCGUCAGGGGUGAAGAUGGAGGUAGACCGAGUGUCAGCCGUGCGUAAUUGGCAAACACCAACCACUGUGAAAGAGGUGCAGCAGUUUUUGGGGUUUGCGAAUUACUACCGGAGGUUUAUCCGGGGUUUUGGGCAAGUGGCAGCUCCCAUCACGUCUCUCUUAAAGGGGGGCCCGGUGCGUCUGCAGUGGUCAGUCGAGGCGGACAGGGCGUUUGAGAAGCUGAAGGACCUGUUCACCUCGGCUCCGGUGCUGGCGCAUCCGGAUCCCUCUUUACCAUUUCAGGUAGAGGUGGACGCGUCUGAGGCCGGUAUUGGCGCCGUGCUUUCACAACGGUCAGGCGCGCCACCUAAACUCCGCCCCUGUGCCUUCUAUUCCAAGAAGCUCAGCCCGGCGGAGCGAAAUUAUGACGUAGGGGACAGGGAGCUGUUAGCUGUGGUACAGGCCCUUAAGGUGUGGAGGCACUGGCUUGAGGGGACUCAACACCCUUUCCUCAUUUUGACGGACCACCGUAACCUGGAGUACAUCCGGGCAGCGAGGAGGCUGAACCCUCGACAGGCUAGAUGGAGUAUGUUUUUGACCCGUUUCUCUUUUAAGAUCACCUACAUCCCUGGGUCACAAAACGGUAAGGCAGAUGCGCUGUCUCGGCGGUAUGACGGGGAGGAGAGGUCCGUGGAGCCCACUCCCAUACUGCCGGAGUCGUGUCUAGUGGCACCGGUGGUGUGGGAGCUCGAUUCUGAGCUCGAGCGGGCAUUACGCACCGACCCUAGUCCACCACAAUGCCCGGAGGGUCGGAAGUAUGUUCCGCUCGAGUGUCGGGAUCGAUUGAUCUAUUGGGCUCACACGUCACCCUCCUCUGGACAUCCGGGUAUCGGCCGGACAGUGCACUGUCUUAGUGCCAAAUAUUGGUGGCCCACGUUGGCCAGGGAUGUGAGGGUUUAUGUUUCCUCCUGCUCGGUGUGCGCCCAGUGUAAGGCGCCUAGACAUCUGCCUAGGGGUAAGUUACUGCCCCUGCCCGUUCCACAACGACCAUGGUCCCACCUCUCGGUGGAUUUUAUAACUGACCUUCCCCUCUCUCAAGGGAAUACUACACUCCUGGUCGUUGUGGACCGGUUCUCUAAGGCCUGUCGUUUGCUCCCCAUGCCGGGUCUUCCUACUGCCCUACAGACCGCCGAAGCACUAUUCACUCAUGUGUUCCGGCACUACGGGGUGCCCGAGGACAUUGUGGCUGACCGGGGUCCCCAAUUCACCUCCAGAGUCUGGAGAGCUUUUAUGGAGCGGUUGGGGGUCUCGGUGAGCCUCACCUCGGGUUACCACCCGGAGAGUAAUGGGCAGGUGGAACGCGUAAACCAGGAUGUGGGCAGGUUUCUCAGAACAUACUGCCGGGACCGGCCGGAGGAGUGGGCGAGAUAUGUGCCCUGGGCCGAGAUGGCACAGAACUCUCUCCGCCACUCCUCCACCCAACUAACCCCUUUUCAGUGUGUUUUAGGGUACCAGCCGGUUCUGGCACCAUGGCAUGAGAGCCAGAUCGAGGCCCCCGCUGUGGAUGAGUGGGUGCGGCGCUCGGAGGAGACGUGGAACGCUGCACACGUCCAUCUGCAGCGUGCCAUACGUCGACAGAAGACGAGCGCCGACCUACACCGCAGUGAGGGGCCUGUGUACGCACCUGGAGAUCGAGUCUGGCUCUCUGCCAGAAACCUGCCCCUCCGCCUGCCCUGUCGGAAACUGGGUCGGCGGUUUGUGGGGCCAUUUAAAGUCCUGAGAAGGUUGAACGAGGUAUGUUAUAGAUUACAGUUACCAGUUGAGUAUAAGUGUAUUAACCCCUCGUUCCAUGUGUCCCUUCUCAGGCCGGUGGUAGCAGGCCCACUCCAAGAACAUGAGAUCUUGGAGACCCCCCCGCCCCCGUUGGACAUCGAGGGGGCACCGGCGUACACCGUGAGAUCCAUCUUGGAUUCUAGACGUCGGAGAGGGGGUCUUCAGUAUCUAGUGGAGUGGGAGGGGUACGGUCCGGAGGAGCGGUGCUGGGUGCCGAGGAGAGACAUCUUGGACCCGUCGCUCCUGACGGAAUUCCAUCGGGGGUAUCCGACGCGCCCUGCGCCGCGGCCUCCGGGUCGUCCCCAAGGCCGGAGUCGGCGCGCGUCUGGAGCCGCGCGUCAAGGGGGGGGUACUGUCACGGUUUCGGCCGAGGCUGCCUCUCUCCCUUGUUCGGGCAGGCUUCGGCGUUCGUCGUCUCCGGAAUUCUAGCUGCCACCGUUCUAUGUUCUGUGUUUCCUGUUUGAUUAGUUUUGUCUGUUAGCCACACCUGUUUUGUGUUAGGUCUCAUUAUGCACCCUAUUUAGUUCCCUGUUUGUGUGUAUAGUGUUGUGUGUAAUUGUCGCUUGUCAGAUGGUUGCGUAGCUGUGUUAUUUUUCCAGUACGCCAGGAUUAGUAGUGUCCUCCUCUGUUUAGGAGAGUUUUGCGCACUGUGUUUUCGUGCGAUCGUGUGUUGACGCCUGUGCGCGUCUGUUUGGCAUCCUGCCGUUUGUGGAUUAUUUUGCAUAGUAAAGUCUUGUUGGACUGUACCUCUGCUUCUGCGCCUGAUUCCCCACCACACCAUCACUACAUCGUUGACACGGUUGGGAUGGUGUUCUUUGGCUUGCAAGCAUCCCCCUUUUUCCUCCAAACAUAACGAUGGUCAUUAUGGCCAAACAGUUCUAUUUUUGUUUCAUCAGACCAGAGGACAUUUCUCCAAAAAGUACGAUCUUUGUCCCCAUGUGCAGUUGCAAACCGUAGUCUGGCUUUUUUAUGGCGGUUUUAGAGCAGUGGCUUCUUCCUUGCUGAGCGGCCUUUCAGGUUAUGUCGAUAUAGGACUCGUUUUACUGUGGAUAUAGAUACUUUUGUACCUGUUUCCUCCAGUAUCUUCACAGGAUCCUUUGCUAUUGUUCUGGGAUUGAUUUGCACUUUUCGCACCAAAGUAUGUUCAUCUGUAGGAGACAGAACGCGUCUCCUUCCUGAGCGGUAUGACGGCUGCUGGUCCCAUGGUGUUUAUACUUGCGUACUAUUGUUUGUUCAGAUGAACGUGGUACCUUCAGGCGUUUGGAAGUUGCUCCCAAGGAUGAACCAGACUUGUGGAGGUCUACCAUUUUUUUUUUGAGGUCUUGGCUGAUUUCUUUGGAUUUUCCCAUGAUGUCAAGCAAAGAGGCACUGAGUUUGAAGGUAGGCCUUGAAAUACAUCCACAAGUACACCUCCAAUUGACUCAAAUUAUGUCAAUUAACCUAUCAGAAGCUUCUAAAGCCACGACAUCAUUUUCUGGAAUUUUCCAAGCUGUUUAAAGGCACAGUCAACUUAGUGUAUGUAAACUUCUGACCCACUGGAAUUGUGAUACAGUGAAUUAUAAGUGAAAUAAUCUGUCUGUAAACAAUUGUUGGAAAAAUUAAUUGUGUCAUGCACAAAGUAGAUGUCCUAACGGAUUUGCCAAACUAUAGUUUGUUAACAAGAAAUUUGUGGAGUUGUUGAAAAAUUGAGUUUUAAUGACUCCAGCCUAAGUGUAUGUAAACUUCCGACUUCAACUGUAUGUAUAUUAAUUUUUUUAUAAGAAAAGGUGUUGGACAUGUUGAUUUACCUCACUCUAGUCCCAAGAUUAGACAAGAGGGUCACACUCUAAAUGAACUUUAGAUUUAGAGGUCUUCAUCAGCACUAGAUAGAUGUUAACGUUUCAUAUCUAAGUCAGACUACGUAAUGUGUGAUAAAAGGGCCUUACACCAUGUGUUGUGCCAUAACUUUAUUGCCUCCCUUUAUAUAGCAUAUGAUAGCUGCUUGUGAAUAAUGUCUGACACAUCUAUAUAGGCCUUAUAAAGGGUUUAUGAAGGCUUCAUUAAGCCUUCAAAGUGGCAGUUUGUUUACAGUGGGACAGACAACUUUGCUUGUGCUGUGUAGGUGAGGCAGUGUGUGUGGGUAGCAGCGUUCAUAAAACAUUCAACGCCACCACUACUCUACCACCACAUCAACAGUCCCAGUCCUGGUCCCUAGCUGUGCUCUCUCUCUCAUGCACACAAUCUGCAUAAUUUAGAGGGAAGACCAUUAACAUAAUACGUAGAGAAUACAUACUAUAUAGAAAAGUUAGCCCUUUCAUAGUGUGUCUUUGCUUGCCCUUGUCUCUCUGGUUUACAGGUGUCCUAUAGGAGUAAAACUAAGCAUGAAAUCUACAAUGAUGUCCUGGGAAGGUCUGAUAUCGAGCAUGCCAAAGUGGCCUCCAAACUCGCUAGCCAGGUAAGAUAAUAAAGCAUCACAUAUAUAUAUAUUUAUAUACAUAUGUGUCUACUGCUGUUGUCAUUUAUAACCAGGUAUUGUACCAUUGACUGGAGAAUUAGCUCGUCUCCAACCAUGAAGGGAAGGAGAUGAUUUAAGAGUAUUGUGACAAAGUCAUGCAUCUCGAUACUGUUCUGACAUGCCCUUCUGCCACUGUUAAUGAAAAUGAGACGAGGGAAGGAGGCAAUUUUAUUGCGACAGAGCCAUGUAGUCUUUAGUGUUCUGUCCUCCGGCCACUGUUUAAUGAAAGGACAUUCAUUCAUGGCCUGGUCCCAGACCUGCUGAGUCCCCUGGUUCAGCACUACAGAACUGCCUGGCCUGGUACCAGACCUGCUGAGUCCCCUGGUUCAGCACCAUAGAUCUGCUGAGUCCGUUGGUUCAGCACUACAGACCUGCUGAGGUCCCUGGUUCAGCACCACAGACCUGCUGAGUUCCCUGGUUCAGCACCACAGACCUGCUGAGUCCCCUGGUUCAGCACCACAGACCUGCUAAGUCCCCUGGUUCAGCACCACAUACCUGCUGAGUUCCCUGGUUCAGCACCACAGACCUGCUGAGUCCCCUGGUUCAGCACCACAGACCUGCUGAGUCCCCUGGUUCAGCACCACAGACCUGCUGAGUCCCCUGGUUCAGCACCACAGACCUGCUGAGUUCCCUGGUUCAGCACCACAGACCUGCUGAGUCCCCUGGUUCAGCACCACAGACCUGCUGAGUCCCCUGGUUCAGCACCACAGACCUGCUAAGUCCCCUGGUUCAGCACCACAGACCUGCUGAGUCCCCUGGUUCAGCACUACAGAGCUGCUUUGUCAUGACUGCUGGGCGGAGAGCUGAAGGGGGAGGAGGAGGAUUGCUGAGGGGAGAAUUAGGGGUGGAUAAGGGGGUAAUGGUGUGUCUUCUACAUCAUUUCUGCUGUCGCUGUGUGUACUCACAUAUCUCUAUCUCUGUCUCUGUCUCUCUCUAUCUCUGUCUCUGUCUCUCUCUCUCUCUCAUACACACACACACACACACACACUCAUAACACACAUCAGGUGCACUACAAGGAGAAGUUCGAGAAGGAGUUCAAGGGUCAGAAGCCACAGUACAACCCCAGCGACUGUGUGUCCUUCAAACACACACAGGCUGCCCACGCCCUCGCCAGCCAGGUGGGUCUCCAACGUGCCCUGUCCAUCCCCACACAUACCCCAGUCACGUGGUGCACUUAUACCCUUUUCACACUAUUGCACCGGCCCAAACUGUACUGUGCUGGCUCAGAUUUAUUUCCCACACAGUCCUUUCCAACACAGUUCCGGCCAUUAUGGUGGAUGCGUAACCUGGGGUGUGUUCAGCAGGACACAACUUUCAGAUAAUAAGCUAUGUAGAACAAUCAUGUUUUUCUACAUGCCUCUCGGACAUGUAGAAUAAGCAAUCACGUCGGCUCUAUUUGUGGCAUUUCUAUCUGCAACGUUCAACAACGUUUGGCUACUGAACGUGGCAGCUCAGCCGUGCUUGGCUCAGUAGUGGGGUAUUACAUUACACUCACCUCAAAUGUCCCUUCAGAACAGCCUGUAAAUGAUAGCUCAAUGGGACACAACCCUCAGCUCCUGUCCUGUCUCCUGGGUUUGUUCCAUUGAGGUUCCUCUGUUUUAUUGCUUUCAAUGUGCACUUAGCUAAAAUUCAGGCUGCCGCGUUAGCAGUUUCCAUGGGAACCUUUUAAAGGCAAAUGGAGGGUUUGGUGGAAACUAAAGAGAGUGGGGCCCUUUGGAUGAGAAGAUGUAGCCUGUACUGUGAGGAUGAAAGUUCCCACGUCAGACGUCUUAGGAUUUGAGAACAGAUUGCCUGUGUAAUUACCAGGGUUGGUGUUCAUGUAAUCUCAAUUCAGUCAAUUCAGGAGGUAGAUUGACAUUGAAAACAUCCUCAGUAAAAACAAUGGGCCAUUUUUAGUUGACUUGAAUUGAAACGGGAAUCGACCCCAAGCCUGUUGUACCACUCCCAUGGGAUGAGUGAGGUGAAUCCUCUGUUGUUUACCUCACAGAAUCCUCACAUUGCUUCCUCGUCCUUACCUUGCACCCCCGACAUGUGAAGGACAACACUAAUUUCAGAAAGGUUUCUAUCUGUGUUUGUUCUCUGUAGGUGAAGUAUAAGACCAACCAGAACCAGGUGAUUGAGGGAUCCAUGGACCUGCCCAACCUGCUGCAGCUGGAACACGCUCUACAUGCCAGCAAGCUGCAGAGCAACGUAAUGUUUCCCUCUCCUCUGUUUCAGAUCAUAACGUCUAGUAACCCUCCUAGAGAGCCGCUGGGUAUGCACUAUGCAGGCUUUUUGUCCAGCCCUGCUAUAACAAACACCUGUGUCCUAUGUCUAUUCAGGUAGAGUACAAGAAGAAGUACGAGCAGUCUAAGGGACACUACCAUGUAGCACUGGACACAGCAGAACAGCUCCACCACAGGGAGAAUGCGGUACUGCACAGCCAGGUCAGUAUAGUAAGAGACUCCUCACACUGGUCUAUGCUACCAUGGGCUUUACUGAAACAAUGUUUCAACGCUGAAGGUCAAAACAUCUAAAUAAACCACAUGGGAGCCUGGGGUGGAAAGGCGUGGAUCUCCAGUUUUUUUUAAGUUAACUGGCUUGUGUGGUUCUGUUGGGAUAAGCGUGGCACUAGCAGCAAGGUUGUAGGUUCACCUCCUGCAGUGAUCACAUACACACACAAAAAAUGUAUGCACUCACUGUACUGUAAUACAUAUAUUAUACUGUAUAUUAUAACUCCCACACACGUUGUUGAUUGUCGAUGUUUCUGUCUGUCUUGUGGUUUAAUGGAUGUGUUUACCUGACAGGUGAAAUACAAGGAAGAGUAUGAGAGAAAGAAAGGCAAGUCCCAGAUGGAGUUUGUGGACACACAGUCUUACAGAGUGUCCAAGGAGGCUCAGAAAAUGCAAAGCGAGGUGGGUGACACACAUGCCUUUACUAGAAUGAUGUAACAUGCUGAAGUGUGUGUGUGUGUGUUUGUGUGGUUGGUAAUGACAGAAGGGUGAUGGCGUGCCUCUUUCUUCCCACUGACAUCAGAGAGAGUACAGGAAGGAAUAUGAUGACCACAUCCGGGGCAAGGCACUAGUGGACGUUGACCUGACCCCUGGAUACCUGACCGCCCGCCACGCCAGCAACAUCCUGAGUGAGGUCUGUGCCAACAUAGCCCUCUAUGCUAUUUUAAAAGGAUAAUUAAUCUCAAAAUCAAAUGUCUCUAUACUUCAAAUGUGGUCUUAAGUCUAUGGUCUGAGUCCAGAUUGCCAUCUGCUGAUAUGCACCGUCUACACAUACAUUCAGUUAGAAUUGAAAAAACAUUGUCUUGAUUGGGAAUGUCCAUUCUAGUAAUGAUAUUUAUAUGGCUGGUGCCUACAGAGGGAGUACAGGAGGGAAGGACUGGAGGUGAAGGGGAGGGGGCUCUCAGGGCUGGGAUUGGAGGACACACCAGACCUCAUACGGGCUAAAAACGCCAGCCACAUCCUCAAUGAGGUACAGUUUGCUUCUAUACUCAUCUUUCACAUGGGCAGUUUUUUUACUCCGUGGAAUUUACAUACACACACACACACACACACACACAAACCUUUGUGAUGCACAAUAUCACACCAUCAUUACAUUAUGUGAGAAUUAAGCAGUAUUGAAUCUGUCCCUCUAGAAAGAGUAUCGCAAGGACCUGGAGAAUGACAUCAUGGGUAAAGGCAUGGAGAUCAGUGGUGACGUGCUGGAGAUGCAGAGGGCCAGGAAGGCCACAGAGUUAACCAGCCAGGUAGGGCCCAACCCAUACCACUAGUUAACCAGCCAAGUAGGGCCCAACCCAUACCACUAGUUAACCAGCCAGGUAGGGCCCAACCCAUACCACUAGUUAACCAGCCAGGUAGGGCCCAACCCAUACCAUUAGUUAACCAGCCAGGUAGGGCCCAACCCAUACCAUUAGUUAACCAGCCAGCCAGGUAGGGCCCAACCCAUACCACUAGUUAACUAGCCAGGUAGGGCCCAACCCAUACCACUAGUUAACUAGCCAGGUAGGGCCCAACCCAUACCAUUAGUUAACCAGCCAGGUAGGGCCCAGUCCAUACCACUAGUUAACUAGCCAGGUAGGGCCCAACCCAUACCACUAGUUAACUAGCCAGGUAGGGCCCAACCCAUACCAUUAGUUAACUAGCCAGGUAGGGCCCAACCCAUACCAUUAGUUAGGCCCAGCUCCAUUUUUCUACCUAGCCCCUAUAACUUUGUUCUGCACAGAUCGGCAUUAUGGUGAAAGAUCCACUUAGUCUUAAUUAGGAGUCCAAGUAGAGCCAUAAUCAUAUUGCUUACAACUAUCCAAAGCCAUUGAUAUAUGUAGACCAUAGGAGGCUGGUGGGGGGGAGUUAUAGGAGGAUGGGCUCAUUGUAAUGGCUGGAAUAGAAUAAAUGGAAUGGUAUCAAACAGAUCAAAUAUAUGGAAACCACGUGUUUGACCCCGUUCCAUUAAUUCCAUUCCAGCCAUUAAAAUGAGCCUGUCCUCCUAUAGCUUUUCCCACCAGCCUCCUCUGAAUUAGACAGGAGACACCAAAGGGUUAAAGGCUGAAACGGAACCAGUCACAUUUGUCAUAUUUUAAAUUCUCAAUAUUUCAAAUGUGACGCAGCAGCAAAGUACCAUAUCUGCUUUGUGGCAAUUGUUUCCAUCUGAGAACACCUGCUCUCUUUUACAGACCUGCCAACAGUAAUACUAAUCAGCUCCACAGUCAUUAUAAUCAGGCAAAAUAACAGGCAGCAGAUGGACUGUCAGGACCCGUCCAGCCUCAGGGCUCCAUUACACAACAGCAACGCUCACAGAUAACGUAUGGUCCUCCCUCAUCACUUAUAGAUGGCCCUAAGCAUCGCCUGUCUGCAUUGCUGUCUUAUGAAACCACCUCAUAAAACAUUCAUUUUAGAGACUAUAUUGUGUCUGUCUAUUUUGUGUCACUCUAAAACAAGGCCUUCAUUUGAAACCUUGAUCGUGUUCAUCGGGGGGGCACACAGUAGCAAAACGUUAUGCAACAGGAAACGAAAACCAGUGUUUCUGUCAUGCUUUUAAUGUCCUGUUGUUGCUAAGCUAACCUAAGUCUGUGUGUGUAAGUGUCAGUCUGUGUUUGACUUUUUCAGGCCUCCUACAAGCAGACAGCCCAGCUGAGGGAGAGCUCAUACGGUACAGUGACGGACACACCAGAACUACUGCACGCCGCCUACAUGAAGGAUGUCUACAGUCAGGUAGGGUUACCUCUCAGUACUGCAUGCCACCAUGCGUAGCACUUUAUGUUACACUACUGAAUGGGAUAUGUGCUUGAAUGGAGUGUCAAUCUCUUGGCUUUAUGCAGAAGAAGUACAAGAAUGAGGCAGAGAAGCUGAAGGGUUCGUAUGGGUUCGACACCCCCGAGAUGGAGAGAGUGAAGAACAACCAGAGGAACAUCAGCUCAGUGAGGGACACAGUACACACCCACACACACACACACACACACACACACUUUUAUAACAUGCAGUAUUAUCUGUCAACACAGUUACCCUUUUGCUCUAAACCUCCAGUGUCGGUACGCUUGGGACUCAAAGCUGCACAAAAGCCUGAUGUCUUCUGUCACCGAUACUCCGGAAAUCAUCCUCGCCAGGGAGAACACAAAGAAAGUCAGUGAUGUAAGAUGUAAUCCUUUGUUCUACACAACCACGUACAGUACAUGUAGUCCUUGGGCCGUAUGAACUACAGUAUGAUGCUGUAAGUUAGGCUGUACCUAGAUCUGAACCUAGAUCUGAACCUAGCUCUGUUAUGUACUUGGCUUUCUUAUUUGAACAAGGUCUUCAAGAUGAUGAUGAUGAGAGUGUUGAUGGGAAUUAUUUUUAGGACAUUUGUACGGUGAGCAUGUAAACAGCGGCGCUGUAAGACUCUGUUCCAUGUCCAGGUGAAAUACAGAGAGGGGGUUGGGAGCGGGACGGCAGUCAUGGAAACCCUUGACACAGAGAGGGUCCGCAGGAACCAGGAGAACAUCAGCUCGGUGAGAACCUUGUCUGACCUUCGACCUCACAAGAAGGGCUUGUUUUGA